AUGGAGAUUCGAAGCCUCCAUCUGGACUUUAACUUCAUCACCGCCCUGCCGCCGGCCCUUUUCAGCUCGGUUCGCAUUGAGAAGCUGACGCUGAGCAGCAAUCGAAUCGCCGAGCUGCCGGAGACGCUCUUCGCCUGGCCUAGUCCGCUGGCCGCCAGUUUAGCGGUUCUAGAUCUGAAUUACAACCUUCUGGAAGGGCUGUCAGCCCUACGUCCUCUCACAGCCCUUCGCCAGCUGACUCUAAAAAACAAUCGCAUUCGGGAGAUUGCCCAGCCGGACUUGGUUUUUGAGGGCUGCUCCACCACGCUAGAACUCCUCGACCUGUCGCAAAAUCUCCUCGAGGCAAUGCCAGUCUUCAACAGUUUGCAGUCCCUGGUAAAGCUCGACCUGCGCGACAACCCCAUCGACAUACUCGAUUCAAGCAGCUUCGCCGGCCUCAAGUACCUCCAACACCUGUACAUCAGCGGCCUGAAGCUGCAGUACAUCGACUCACGCCUGUUCCUCUACCAAAGUCAGCUGAGCAGCCUGAAGAUUAGCACCUACCCGGCGAUGCGCUCCUUCCGCCUGCAGGACAUUCUCGCCCGCUCGGACGCCCUGAAGACGAUUGAGAUUGAAGUUCGUGAGGCGCUCCUUUCCCAUCAGAUUCAGUGGGCAUUUGGUGGAAAGCUGCGGGAGCUGGUCAUUACCGGGCAGUCGCUGACGCACAUUCUUCCUGAUGCAUUUCAAGGUCUGGACAACGCCAACGACCUGACGCUGCGCAUCACCAACACCAGCAUCCGCCAGCUGCCCGACGGCCUGCUGAAGUACCUCGCCGACAUUCGCUACAUUAGCAUCGACCUGCGGCGGAAUCAACUGGAGACCGUCAGCCCGGGCGUCUUCUUCGGUAGUGGGGUGGCUGACGGAAACGAUGAUGGUGAUGAUGAUGAUCAUGUGGAAUCGUUCUGGAGGGGAACCCGCUGCGCUGCGACUGCAACCUCCUCUGGAUCAGCCGGUGGAUGA